UUGCCAAAAAUUGCCCGGGUAAAUCAACUUUCACCAAGCGCAUCGAGACCUCCGACCGCCAUAAAACGACAAGUGAUCCCGUUAAAUCGCAAGCUGGAAACCAAGCGGCACUUACGGAGUGAGAAGUCGGAUAAGGAACCUGCCAUAAUAAAAGCUAAGAAGCGCAAAAGGCCCGGAUCUAACGCCCUGCUGUCUCUUCAAAAGGCAGCAGAGGUACAUCUCGCAUGUCUUUUCGAGGAUACGAACCUCGCGGCGAUCCACGCUCGUCGAGUAACGAUUAUGCCUAGGGACAUCAGGCUGGUGCGACAUAUACGUAUUAGUGCUUCACAAAUGGCACUUUAUCUACAAAACUCUUCGGAUACUCACAGUCAAUGGAUAUUGGGACAUUUAUUGCUAUAUGUCCAACUUUUUUCAGAAGUCUGUUUGUUAUUACUGUAUGCAUAA